UCUCUCAUGCACUAAUUUUCUGAUUUCGGAUUACGCUGGUUUACUCUUAUUGCAUUUUCAAGCUAAUAUUGCAGAAACACCUUUGCAGCUUCUUGUGGAGGCGAUUUUGACUGAAUGCACCUUUAAACUGUCAAAAUAAAAGCGAUUCCAGAUUGAGUUUAUACAAGCGUUGGUGAAUCCUCUGAGAAGCAUUAUUUUGAAGGCGAUUAUUUAUUUUGAAAAUUCUUCAAUUACAGGACAAUUGGGUAAUCAACGAAAGAAUUCUUUUCGAAAUUGUAGUUCAUCAAUCUUUCUGUUUAUUAUAUCUUUAUAUUACGUAUUGUAAUUAUUUUAUCAGUGCGUGAAAAAUUUACGGAAUGUCGUUGAAAAAUGAAGAGGAUUAUUCCAGCAGUGGAAGUGAUCCAGAUUCUGAUGAUUACAGUGACAACUAUGAGGAUUUUGAUAAUUACUAUAGUACUGACGAUUACACGCCUAUUUUUCUCGCCGUUCACAAAGGUGAUUUAAAUCGCGUUAGUACUCUACUGAAUAAAAAUAAUUUAGAAGAAUGUAUACAUGAUAAAAGAAUGUUGCAUGUGGCAGCAGCACGAGGUCAUCUACAGAUUGUCGAUUUGUUGAUAAAAAAUGGAGCUAAACUUAAUGUCGAGGACGUCAAGGGAAGAACAACUUUUUAUAUAGCUUUACAGCAAAAUAAAGUUAAAGUAGCCGAGUUUCUUUUGAAAAAUGGAGCACGUAUUGAUAUUCCAAGAGAUGACGGAAGAACAACACUUCAUGUGGCGAUAAAAACGCAGAACAUUCAAAUUGUCGAAAGACUUUUGAAACAAGGAACUAUGGUGAAUGUGCUAGAUGAUGUGUCGAGCAUGAAACCAAUUGAUUUUGCUGCCAGUCUUAAUAAUAUCCAACUUGUGGAACUUCUUCUGAAGUACGGCGCCAAGAUGGAUGAAAGUGAUGAGUUUCGCGAAGGACAAAAAGAUGACCAUAAAAGAAUGACAGCCCUUCAUUUUGCCGCUGAACGUGGUAAUUUAGAAAUGGUCAAGUUAUUAAUGUCGAAUGGAUUUGAUAAAAUUGAUGUGAGAAAUUCAUAUGAUAAAACACCCCUAGGUGUGGCAAUAAGCAAACAUCGUUUAGAUAUUGUGAAAUAUAUGUUUGAAAGUGGAUCAAAAAUAAAUGAGGAUAUGUCUCUCAUCGAUCUCUGUGAAAGCUAUAAAGAUAUAAAUAUCUUAAAAUAUCUACUUGAUCACGGAGUAAAACUUGUUACGGACUAUGUACAGACUCCACUUUAUUACGCAUUAGACAUGCACGAGUAUAAACUUUGGAGGUACCUAUUAACCUGCUAUUCAAAAAUUGAUUCUGUAUUAUGCUCCAAAGAGACUGAACUUCAUUCCGCCGUGCGCGCUAACAACAUUGAAAAGGUACAAGAAAUUCUCAAAAAAAUGAAAGUAAAUUCUUUAUCUGGUGAUUUGGGACAAUUCGCAGUUUACAUCGCCGUUGAAAACGGGAACGAGGAAAUGUUAACGAUUCUCCUAGAAGCAGGCUGUUCAGUUGAAAGUUGUUUUAGGGACAAAUUAACUCCUCUCCAUAUUGCAGCCACAUUCGAUCAGACACGUUUGGUGGAAAUUCUUCUGAAAUACGGUGCGAGGAUUAAUUCAGAAACAAGAGCACUCCAUCGCCCAUUGGAUUUUGCGGCAGCUAUGGGAAAUUUAAAUAUGAUUAAAUAUCUCAUAGACUCUGGUGCUAAUUCCAUUAGAAAAAAUGAAAGGAUUUCAUCACUAAGAUAUUUAUUAGACCGAAGUAACAUUUUAGAUACAAUCACACCUUCAAUGUAUCUCAAUCUAUUAAAAGCAACAGAGCUGUUAUUAAUUGCCGGAGAUCUCAAGCAUAAAAAUGACUACCAUGUUGUUUCAUUGUUAAGAGAUGCUUUCAGCUUAAGAGUUUUUAGAGAGGGCGAACAAACUCUGAUUAGUGACAAUGAAGAGUUUGUGAAUAGUGAGGGAAAAAAAGGGGAAUUUCGUCCUGAAAUUGUUAGGUGCUUGCUUAAUUAUUUAGACAAUAAAUUACUUAAAGAAGUUCUAAAUUCAAUCUUAAGUGAUGGUUACAAUAAUUCAGAUGUUUUUGAAAACAUUAUCGAAUAUUACGAUUCUAAUUUCAUUCCAAUCGAUCCUUAUUUUACUGGAUGUGAUUGGUCUAAUUUAUUUAUAGUAAAUGAAAUAAAGCUAGAUAACAGGCUUUUGGAUAUUACGCGACAUAAUAUAAAUUCAAGUAAAUUAAUAGAAAAUGAUGAUGAACUGUUAAAGUUGAUAAUUGCACGUCUUGAACUAUUAAAACCCAGUUGCAAAGAAAUAAUUAAAUAUUUCCCUUCAAGUCAAGAAAAUAUAAAAAUUCGCAAAUUUCAAAAUGAAUUUCGACAGCAGAUAAUAAUUAUGCAAAAAACAAAAGUUAACGAUGAAUUAAAUUUGACUUUUUACGAUAUUCUAGUAAACUCUACUGACAAAAUUGCGAGUUGCAUAAGAGAUGUGAAGUUGUUAAAUACCAAUAAAGUAUCGUAUGAUAAAUUUCUCGCGUAUAAAAAAUUUGUAAAGUUGCGUAUUGAGAAAGUAAAGCGUAGAAUUGAGUUAAUUGACCUAUCCACGAAUUGUUUGUAUCAUUAUAUUCAAAGGAAUUAUAAAAUUAAAUUUUCAACAGCUGAUGUAGAAGAAAUUUUACAAUAUCUUUCAAUGAGCGAUCUUCGAAAGUUGUCAUCAGUUUUUUCUGAAUUUUCAGACUAUAAAAUAAAGUGGUAAAUAUUAAUCAACGAUGAAAAACAUUUGUUUCAUUAUAAUAUUAUCUCAGUCACAGUUUCUACGCUUUUUAGGUCAAUUAGACUGAAAUAUUUUUAAAAGAUGCUUCUUGCUAUCAUUUUGUUGCAUCUACUGCAACAAGUUUUUUACUUCCGAUUAUAUUUUUGUAUUGUCUAUUAUAUUUUUGUACUUGCUGUUAUAUGUAAGAUAAAGUUAACCACGGUUAAAUUAUUUAAUAUUUCGUGUUAAUUUCAUUGUAAACUGAUCAUUGUAGGAGUACUUUUAUACUUUAUUUGUAUAUAAGCAGUCAUCGAGCAUUGUAUGCACCUUUAUGCUUUAAUACGGGAAUAAAUAAUUUUUACAUAAAA